UCAACAACUUUCAUCCGUGCAGUGUUCUCCAUUCCUCGACUACUUUCAUCAGCUUUUAAUGACCGCAUCAUCAACCGGAAAGCAUUUGCGACUCUUUAAAAUACCCGCCAGCCCUCAUCUGCCCUCACUGACAUCGCCCACUAGAGAUGGCGAAGAGUUCAUCCAGAAAGUCCCUGAAAAGUUUGUUCUCCAAGAGCGAAGCCAGCCCGGACGAAUCGGUGGAGAAGGAUGUGGACAAGAAUGAGGGACAGAGGAAGAGGUUUCAUUUCUUGAAGUUCAAGAAAAAGUCGAAGAACGGCCCUGCCUACGAGACCCCGGAUAACAACCAACAGGUUGUCAGUGAUGUUGAGCCCAGUAACACUGCAGAGGAUGGAGAGGCCUCGUCGGACAACAUUGUUUCCAACAGCAAGCGGUCUUCUCUCUAUAGCACCGCACCCAGGUCAAAGGGAAAAGAACUCAGCUACUCAGAGUUGGACCUCCGUAAGCCCAAAAGGUUUUCUACAUUUUCCUUUGGUCAAAAAAGGAGGAAGAAGAAAGAUGAAGAGAGAAUCUCUAAGAGCACGUUUGGCCUUCAUAGCCCAGGAAUUGAAGAGCAAAAUGAGACUCCUCUGCACGUCCGACAGAUGGAGUUGGAUCAAGCAAUGUUCAGUAUGUCUCAACCAGAGCUUGACAUCAGCGAUGCAUUUGACAUCCCUUCUCCUCCUCCUGUGGCCACAAACCAGUCAAAAUCAAGUUUCAAUCUCCCUAAUCAAUCACAGUCAUCUGUCGCUAUAAACACCCAACCAGAAGCAAAGGAGCCUCUGACAAAGUGCUCCGAUCUUUUUGAUGUUCAUAAGGAACCUCCGAAAGCACCUAUUGCCAUCAUUCCUGAGCUGCAGCUGGAGAAUACAGCCUCAUCGGAGAAAGAGAACAUUCCUGUUCAUGAUAACUCAUCCAAAAGCAAUUCCAAUUCAUCUGCUCACAUGACUCACACAGAAACCACCUCUGCGGUCGAUAACCAGACUGUUCAUAUCCUUCCAGCUAGCCUGCCUCCAGUCAGGCUCGACACCUCAGAUGAGAAAGGAGCCAACGCAGCAGUUGUUGACUCAGUCUCCAGAAACAAUAACCCGUGUGACAAUGAGAUCCUCCAGCAGGUUAACACAAAAACAGAAAACUCUCUUACUGAAUCCAUCACAGUUACAUCACCACAUCAUCAACACGAUGCCCCUUUCAUAGCUGACAGUACAGGUCCAAAUGGCAAACCCCCCCUGGCAAAUGUUCACCACACCACUUUUACAGAGUCAGCCCCUCUUCUUCACACUGACAACUCUGCUCUCAAUGAAAAUUCUGCUUUUAUGCAUGAAGAAGCCUCAAUGUCUCUCACUGAGAGGUCUAUUCCUGAAACUGCCACUACAACCUCAGCGGUUAGCGGUGAAAAGAGCGGUUGUCCUGUCAUUCAAGAUGCAGCUUAUGGAGAGUUGUAUGAGACACUUUUCCCCCAGAAUUUUACCUCAGAGGUAAUGUCAUCCCUCUCAAACCUCCCACCUAAAAUCCACACCGAGAUAACACAAAUUAACACCAAAUCAGAACCUAUUGUGCUUAAAACCCUUAAUGAGUGCCACACCGAAACUAAUGUUAUUUUUUCUCGUCUGUCCACUUCCCGUGAGUUUGACCCUACUGUUUGCAGAAUGGAUGAAGCUGUGGGUGGAUACACUAACAUAAAUGCCAGCUUCAGCGAGAGAAAGGUGUUUUCUUCAAGUGAGAGCUCCAGAUUUACCUCUUACCAAACUUCUACUGCUUCUGAGUGUCAUAGAGACUCAGAAAUACAUGACAGAUAUCUACCUUCCUCUCUCAGUUCAGGUUCUGAACCAGCUAACAGUGAUAACAUUCCUUACUCAAAGCUGAACCUCUCCCUUUCAGAGGUGAAAUCAGACAGUUUCUGCUUCAUCCAAGACACUGUCAGGUCAGUCCCUGUGGUUCAAAACUCCACCCCUCCUGUUUCUGACUAUGUAACAUCCCAAGGGACAGAUAUUCAGGUUACUGACUGUAAAAGGAGAGUGAUCCUAGUCAAAGAGUUAGUCACUGAUGAGGCGAGUCCUGACCCUGGCUGUCCCUCUCCCGUUCCUGAGAAGAUGAGUGCAGUUAAGGGUCUAGAGAUAAAAAUUGAAACAACGGAGAGUUUAUCUGCUCCUUCCGGGCAGAUGGAUGGUUAUGAUGGGCCUUUAAGUCCAACAUAUCUGAGCGCAGGAUCAGAUGACGCCAGUGUCACUGAGAUCUACUACAGUGCUGAAGAGGACAACGCAGAGGAGAGUAUGGAUGAAGAGAUGUACACGGUGCAUGAAAGAGAAGAAAUUAGCGUGGAAGACGGACUGAAAGCGGUUGUCAGUCUUUGCGAGGUAUCUCCACAGAAGGGGGAGACUGCAGAAAGAGGUAUGAGUAAGAGAGGUGAGGUAGAAUUGAGUGUGGUAAUUCUUAAAAUGCAGAAUGAUGGAGGCAAAAUGGGCAAUGAAGAACAGAAAGAGGAUGUCAGUUACCUAUCUGAAGUGCAGCAACAACUAAGUGGUCAGAAUUCAGAUACUGGGACUUCUGAAUUUCCUGUGAGUAAUGAUGCAAAGACUCAGCAGAAAGAAGUAGCUACCCCAGCGUUUGUGCAGGUGAAAGUAGACGGAAGGUUGGGGAGAAAGGAGGAGUUACCAGCCACACCGGUUCAGCAAGUAAACACACUGAUGGAAUGCGACUUUCCUCCACCCUCCAGUAAGCAGCAUGGGCAGGGGGAGGGGUCAAAGGGAAAUUGGACCGAGGGUUUGGAAACAGAAGACCACCCUUAUGAAGAGAAGCAACUUCCAAGCCAAGAUGUACAAUAUCUGGCUUACAAAGACAUUAGACGUUCUGAAAAUAUACAUUCCAGUCACACAAGAAAGGAAGACAUAAUCACAUCCACAUUUAGAGAGAAAGAAAUUUUAAAAGUUUCACUUACUACAAAAGCAGACAUGAGCAAAGAAAGCACAAAAGUCAACAGUUAUGCUAACACAAGUGCAGUCACAGAUACUCCUGGUGGAGUAGAGGUUGUCACGGGCACAUUGACACACAGCGCUGAGCUGCAAUCAGAUGCCACAGAGGCCGAACACAAUAGGACUCCACAGAGUAGUGAGUGGGUGGAUACAAUUACUCAGAGCACAAACGGAACCAGGACUGUGCAAAAACAGGUGGCAGUUGAGCUGUCAGCCCCGGACACAGACACACACUGUCCUGAUAUAGAAGCUGCACACACACACUCGGAGAGACUGGAGCAUCUGGCAGGAGCCCAACCUGACCUGAAUCAGGGGUCCCUGACCGCUUCAAGGACGCCCACUGCAGCAUCAGAAGUCUUUGCUUCAGAAAAUCAGCCGACUAAAGCUGACAUGGAAUUGGUUGACAAAAUGAAUUCAGGCUACAGCAGCCUGAGCACCACACUGUCCAUAAAGAAUCCAUCUCCCCCUAAAGAAGAUGAAUACAAAAAUCGUUUCCGUAAAGUAUCUCUGGUCAGAGACACUGAUACCACUGAGGUCAGCCAGGAUACAGUGGACUUUGGCAGAACAAGCACAGGUAUGACUGAAUCCAAGGUAACAGAUCUCAGCUCAGGCCUCAGAUGGAAAAAUAGAUUUGAGGGGGUUUCUCAGUAUAAACCAAACGGAACAGAGGAUUCCUCUUUUUCUGAUUCUUUGAGUUGGAGAAUGUCUGACACUUACUCAGGCACCUCCUCCUUCUCCUCCUCUCCUGCUCUCCCAGAGGCUACAGCAUACAAACAACUUGGCAACACCUUUUCCUCCUCGUCCCCCCCCCCUCCAGAGCAACACAUUGCCCUUGGCAAGAGGCUGAAUGACAGGGCCGAAGUUUAUCUGAGCCGUGAGAGUGAGCCAGCGGGAGAGUUGAAAGAUGAGUGGAGGAGAGGCAUAGAUGAGCAGGAGGAGCCUGCUGCACCUGCAGCUGAAAGACAGGGACAGAGAGAGGGAGGGGCAGAGUUUGGUAGAAUAAAGUCACGCUGGAACUCAGAACAGCUCCUUGUGUCUGGCUCCUCCUCGCCACAAGAAACCGGCUACAGCAACAUUGACAGUUUCAAAGAGGACGACUCAUCCCAAUUUACUGGAGUGUUUCAGGCCACACUUGUGGAGCUGGUCUCUGACCCCACAGCCCCCCCCUCCACUCCCCCUGACUCCCCCGACGCAGACUCGCUCAACCAGUUUGACAUGGAUAACCUGGUGGAUACCCUGAAGAGCAUGGGACCUUCGUUGAGGCAGAGGAACAUGAGCUUACGCGGGCCUCCUCCAGUUCUGCUUUCCUCCCUGCCACCAAUUGUCGAGGAUGCUCCCGGCCCUGUCACCUCAGGCAUCCCUGCCUCCCUUACCAGUCCCACAAAAACGAUGGAAGCAACAGGCAACCCUGCUGAGUCUCUCAAUGGAAUUUUCACUCUGCCCGCUGACCUGGGACUGAAGAGGAACUCCACCAGAGACACUCGUUCACCACUGGAACUGAUGAAGCAGAGCCAGCAGGACCAGCAGCAGCCUGGAACAAGAGGCCUGUACUUGCCCCUGAGAGCAUCUACUACCAACAGUAUAGUAAUGACAAAAUCCUCUGACUCUUCUUCUGAGGACUUACUGUCCCCAGUGCUUAAUGAAAACGGAGUACAUCCAUCUUCCAGCAUUGGCUCUCGCCUAGACAACAGUGUUAUCUUUGGAAGCUACAGAUCAGCAUCCAUAGAUCAGACGUUGGAAAAAAGAAACGCCCAUCGCCCACUCUUCACCACCUCACUACCUGAAACAGGUCCUUCAAACGAUCGAAUGAGUGUAGGACAGAAGGAGAAUAGUCAUUUGGGCACUGGAACAGACCCAGCGGCCCGUUUUGAUCGCUUCUCCUUCUUUUUGAACUCCUCAUCCUCCCUGUCAAGCUCCUUGACCGGGGCUGAAGACCCCAAAGCUCGAAUGAGUCAGCCUCCACUGCUGCCCAUCAGCUCGCCGACCUCCAGCAACAGCCCUACCCGCCUCCUCAGCCCCACUGGCUCCAUAGACCUCCACAGGCCGUUCACCACCACAGACUCCCCCAUUUCUACGUUUGGCCAGUCACAGGGGAUGGGGAUGGGUGUAGGUAAUGGGGUACUGGGCACACCCAUACUACAGAGGAGCUUCAGUAGUGAAGGCACCAUGGGGGUCCAGCAGACUUCACUGUUCAGCAGUGUGCAUGGAGGGUCUCAGUUCCAGAGCCAUGAACUUGAGCGUGAGAGGAAUUUAGCGUCAAAAUAUAGAGCCUUCCCUGACGCCUAUCUCACUAAAGAGAAGGAACAUGGGAAGCUGAAUCCUCGUCCUGGAAAGAUGUACAUCUUUGACCAGCCAGGGAUGUGCGGACAGAGGAUCGAAGUAUGCAGUGAUGUCAUCGAUGCUACGUCCUGGGAGCUGCAGGAGACCAUCUCCAUCAGGGUCAUCAGAGGAGGAUGGGUGCUAUAUGAGAAGCCUAAUUUCAAAGGGGAGAAGAUCGCGCUAGAUGAGGGAGACAUAGAGCUCAGCUACCCCUUUAACCCUCCCGAGGAGCAGCAGCAGAACGAAGAGAAGGAGGGUGAAGAGCAGAACGGAGAAGCAAGUGAUGUGCAGACAAAGACCAAGCAAGCCAGGAGGUUCAUCAUCGGAUCUGUUCGAAGAGCUGUCAGGGACUACAGUGUACCAGAAAUCAGUCUUUUUCCAGAAGAGAACGCCGAAGGGAAGAAGGUCAUAUUCCGAGAUACAUCUGAAGAUGCCAGGAUUUUUGGCUUCCCCGUCAAGGCUAACUCUGUCAUCAUUAACGCUGGGCUAUGGCUUGUGUACGCACAGCCCUUCUUCCAGGGUGUACCACGUGUCCUUGAGGUGGGGGGGUACCCCAACCCUGCAGCCUGGGGAGUGGAACAGCCCUACGUGGCGUCACUACAUCCACUUAAAGUAGGUGAACCAAGGGUGGAAAAUAUGAGUGAACCAAAGAUGGUGAUCUACGACAAGCCGUACUUCACUGGGAAAUCAAGGACCAUUACCACCAACAUGAAAGACUUCAUGACCAGAAAAGAAAGGCAGCAGACGGCCUUUAUGUAUAGUGUCGGUUCCCUUAAAGUACUGGGAGGAAUCUGGGUAGGCUACGAGAAGGAGGGCUUCCGAGGUCACCAGUACCUGCUGGAGGAGGGGGAAUACCAUGACUGGAGGGUGUGGGGAGGUCAUGAUUCUGAGCUGCGCUCCGUUAGGGUGAUAAAAGCAGACCUGACAGAUCCCUUGAUGGUGAUGUUUGAGCAGCCAGAAGAAGAGGAUGGCAUGGAGGAGGAGAACACCUUCGAGGUGACGGAGGCCAUUCCUGAUGUUGAACUGUUUGAGUACAAAACCUCCACACGCUCCAUUCACGUACUCAGUGGGGCAUGGAUAGCCUAUUCCCAUGUAGAUUUCUCAGGGAACCAAUACAUCUUAGAGAAAGGUUUCUACAAUAACUGUGCUGACUGGGGUUCUCAGGAGACUCGCAUCUGCUCAGUGCAGCCCAUCCUACUGGCUCCAUGUGAUGGCUCAAGGAUGAGGAAAGAGGUAAUCCUGUACUCUCAGCCAGACUUCCAGGGUGAGUGUCAUAUCUUUGACCACAACCAGGAAGCAGUGCCAGAAAAAUUACUGACCAAGUCCUGCAAAGUGUCUGGGGGAAGCUGGGUGUUCUAUGAGGAUAAACAGUACUCUGGGAACAUGUAUGUCUUAUCUGAUGGAGAAUACCCAAAUUUAACCAGCAUGGGAUGUUCGCCUGACUGCACCAUCCGUUCUUUUAAGGCUGUGCCAAUGACAUUCUCAGUGCCCUCCAUCUCUCUGUUUGGCCUUGAGUGUCUGGAGGGCAGAGAGAUAACCACAGACACAGAGAUUGUCAGCAUGGUUGAAGAGGGAUUCAACAACCACAUUCUCUCUGUCAGAGUCAAUAGAGGCUGUUGGGUGAUAUGUGAACACAGCAACUACAGGGGGCGCCAAUUCCUACUGGAACCAAUUGAAAUCACGAACUGGCCGAAGUUUAGCUCACUGGAGACUAUUGGUUCAAUGUUCCCAGUUAGACAGAAGCGGCAAUUUUUCCGCAUCAAGAACAAAGAGAGGGGUCACUUCAUGUCUAUCCAGGGCGGGGUGGAGGAGGUGAAAUCAGGACGAGUGGUGGUGACACCAGAAGUGGAGCCAAUGAGCGACAUCUGGUUCUAUCAGAACGGCUUCAUCAAGAACAAGUUGUCCCAAACGAUGAGCCUUCAGGUGAUGGGUAACGUUGAGCCGGCAUCCAAGGCGGUUUUGUGGACAGAGACCCGGCAGCCUAUCCAGACCUGGACAGCCCAGAUGAGUGGCCUCAUCACCAGCCUAACUUUCCCUGGCAUGGUCUUGGAUGUCAAAGGUGGCAAAACUUACGACAAGGACCAUGUGGUGAUUAUGCCGGAGAGCGAGGAGAGGCCAAGCCAACAGUGGGAAAUAGAGCUGCUGUAACCUACUAUAAAAAACUUUGCCAGGCCUUACUUAGCGGUGCAUCAACAGUGCUUCUCUUUACAGCUCCAGAAUAUUCCCUAUAUAUAUAUACUGGGAACUGUGCAUUUCUAUCCAGUGAUUGAGUGUAUGGUUUGACCUAUUCUAUGUCUUUGACUUUUUCACGUUUAUCUGAUCUGUUAUUUUUUUGUCAACAAUUUGAGUAUUCAAACUAGAAUCAUCAUGUUUGAAUGAUUCCCAGGUCAUGCAAAUGUCCUGAAUAUAGUUGAUGCUCUCAUAACUUUGUUUAUGAUGGAGCAAACAAAGUUUUAAUUUCUUCUGGAAAUUGUUUUCCUGGAGUGAGCAGGAAGUGGCAAACAAUGCUUUAUACAGAUAGGAGACGAAUGAAGCCAAGUGAAUGUGUAGUGUGCAAGAAAUGUAUGCUAUGCUUUUUUAUUGUGUUUUUUAAAGUAUUUUUGUAUGGGCUGUAUGUAUUAAUAUUUGUUUUGUGGGAAAUGUUGCAGUUAUGUAUGCAAUAUAUCACAUUGCAUUGUGCAGGGCAAUGAAAUGGGUUGUGUGUGUCCAGUUACUCUAUUUCUUGUUGUAUUUUUGUUGUCUUAUGAAUAGUUGUUGUUUUAUGUCAAAUUUGUUACACGGAAAUGUUACCAGCAUCAGCUGUAAUGUUAAUAUUUGAUGCUAAAGAUAUGAUGUUGAAGGUGAGGGAGGGGUUUAAAAAUAUGAAAUAAAAAAUGUUAAAUAAAACAGAUUUGACACAUUGAUUUCAAAA